AUGCACGAAGGCGUGAAAGUGAAGCCACAGGCGCCAAAAUCAUCUACGAAUCGGAUCUACAUUAUCCCAAAAUUCCAACUUUGCUUUCAAAUGCGCCUAUCGCCUCGUGUGAUAGGCCGUUUUCAGGCCCUAUGCGAUAUUCUUCCAAGACUCCAGACGCAAGUGGAAUUAGACGAACCAAUUUCCAAACGACAGAAGAAAACAGGAAGGCAAACGAUACGACAACUAUCUACGUAG